ACUCUCAUCAAAGCUGCGUUCACUUUCUCUCCAAGCCUCGAGGCUCCUGCCUCCAUCGCUUUCAUCGCGCGGCGUGGCGAGAACAGGCAUUUCCUCCUCGGCCGCGCUCAGUGUCUCAGCGGCCGCCGCCGAGUUGACAGCCGUGCGUGCUAGUUGACGCGAGCGACAGUUGAACAUCUGCGCCUGCGCUCCCGUCCAGUCUGCCAGGCAGGUGUGCGAACCAGCGUGGGACGAGCGGCCGUGUACUAGACCGCACCAUGGUGUCGCAGAGCGAGAGCGGUGCUGUGCAAGGGGACGACGACGGAAUGCUGCCUAACCGCGUCGCGGACGCGCUAGCGGGGCAGGUGGUGCUGGUGACGGGCGCCACCGGUUUCAUGGGCAAGGUAUUGCUGGAGAAGAUGCUGCGCAGCUGCCCUGGCGUGACCACUGUGUACCUGCUGGUCCGCGAUAAGAAGGGCGUGUCGGCUUCGCAGCGCGUGCUGGACCUGUUCACCUGCCCGAUCUUCGACAAGGUGAAGCAGCAGAACCCGGAGGUGACCAAGAAGGUGGUUGGCAUCCCCGGAGACGUGUCCUGCCCAGACUUGGGCUUGAGCGAGAAGGACAGGGCUCUCCUCUGCGACAACGUGUCCAUAGUGUACCACGCAGCAGCCACCAUCCGGUUUGACGAGGCUCUCAAGACAGCGGUGCUGCUGAACACGCGCGGCACCAAACUGAUCCUCGAGCUGGCCAAAGAAAUGAAGAAGUUGAAGGCUUUCGUGCACUUGUCGACAUCCUACUGCCACCUUCACGAGAAGGUCCUCUACGAGAAGACAUAUCCUCCGCCUGCGGACCCUCACGAGAUCAUCGAGUGCAUGGAGACCAUGGACGAUGCUGCAGCUUGUAAAGUUACCAAAAAGAUCCUCGGUGAAAUUCCAAACUCUUAUGCAUUCACAAAAGCUCUGUCCGAAGCACUAGUAGCCGAGCAGAUUGAGAAAAUGCCAGUUAUAAUUCUCAGACCUUCAAUAGUGAUACCGGUGUGGAGAGAGCCGCUGCCGGGCUGGACGGACAACAUCAACGGCCCCACUGGUCUGCUGAUCGGCGCCGGGAAAGGCGUGAUCCGCACCAUGCACUGCAACCAAGAAGGUUACGCCGACUACCUCCCCGUCGACAUCGCAGUCAACGGCGUCCUCGUUUCAACAUGGGACUUCCUUUACAACAAGUCGGAUCGGCGCGUGUACCACCUGACAUCGAGCGCUGAGAUCCAGAUUUCGUGGGCGGAGAUCAUCGAGCGAGGGCGGCGCAUCACGCAGCGCGUGCCGCUCAACAAUGUGGUGUGGUACCCGGGCGGCUCCAUGAAGAAGAGCCGGCUCGCACACCUCAUCUGCGUCUUCUUCUUCCACUUCCUGCCUGCCAUCUUCAUCGACACGCUCAUCUUCCUUUCCGGCCACAAGCCCAUCAUGCUCCGCGUCCAGCGGCGCAUCAACAAAGGCUUCGAAGUGUUCGAGUACUACGCCAACAACCAGUGGGACUUCAACAGCGACAACGCGCAGGUGGUGAGGAAGCUCAUGAACGACAGAGAGAGACGGGAGUUCAAGAUCGACAAGGAGGGGCUGGACAUCGACUCCUACUUCGAGGACUGCAUCCGGGCGGCGAGACUGUACAUCUUGAAAGAAAUGCCUGAGACACUGCCCGCGGCGCGGAGGCACAUGGCCAUCAUGUACUGGGUGGAUGUUGUUACAAAAACGGUGUUCUACGGUCUUCUUCUGUGGUAUCUCUACUCAUGGACUUUAAAUUUGACUUCUUUUAUCAAAAGAAACCAAGGUGAAUUAGGUCAUUUAGUAUAACUGUUAUUUUCAAAACAGUAUAAAUAAAACUUUUAUGCAUUUAAUUGUUAUAUUUUUAUCGUUUUGUUUAUGGCUGUGUUUGAAACUGUUUGUUAAUAUUGCUAACAACACAUUGCUCAGACACAUUUUUACUUUACAAAAAAUAUAUAUUUUAAAACUUUUUUGGUUCAUUUCAAUUUAAAUUUUUUUAUCAUUUCAAAACGAAUGAUCCAGUGUUGUUAUAUUUGUAUGUAUAUUCAUUGCAAGUAGUUUAAUAAAAAAAAAUUGAAACUCUUUCA